CUGAUCAGACAGAGAGAUCUGAGUGAGCUUGGAACAAAUGGAGUACCAUGUGCACUGACUAUCCUCACGAGUUCCCAAUCCAUACUCAUCGUCUGGUCCAAGCGAGCUGGCAAGUAUGAGUACAGUGUCACAACCGCCAACUUCUUGGUUGAGACUUUGAAAUGUGCGUUAUCUCUUCUUGCAUUGACAAGGAUUUGGAGAAACGAUGGUGUUACUGACGACAACAGGUUGAGCGAGAUUCAGUGGGCAGGAUUCAUUCUAUUAUGUUGCGGCUGCACCACUGCUCAGUUGAAUUCAAAUUCUGAUCGUGUACUUCAGACAUCGCUUCCCGGCUGGAUUAUGGCAAUUGUUAUGGCUCUUUUAAGUGGUUUCGCGGGUGUGUACACAGAGGCUAUUAUAAAAAAGAGACCUUCAAGGAAUAUAAAUGUACAGAACUUCUGGCUCUAUGUCUUUGGGAUGUCUUUCAAUGCUGUUGCCAUAGUGAUCCAAGAUUUCGAUGCCGUUGCAAAUAAGGGAUUCUUCCAUGGUUACUCAUUUAUCACAGUACUCAUGAUUCUUAACCAUGCCCUCAGUGGCAUUGCUGUGUCAAUGGUGAUGAAAUAUGCAGACAACAUUGUUAAGGUUUAUUCGACAUCAGUGGCGAUGCUCCUAACUGCGGUUAUCUCUGUAUUCCUCUUCAACUUUCAUCUUUCCCUUGCCUUCUUUUUGGGUUCUACGAUCGUCUCUGUUUCAGUUUAUUUGCAUUCCGCCGGGAAGCUACGAUAGUAAAAGAAAGAUCCGUCACUAUUCUAGUACAGAGUUAAAGCUUUUGAACAACUGCAAUUAUGUAUGUCCUUUUUGGAAUCUAAUAACAGAAACUUUUAAGCUCUUUCGCCUCUAUAGAACUUUCUUUUAUAAAGCCUCCCUCCAGAUAUUUUAAUAUUGAUUAAGGUCUGAAAGUGAAGCUUUUGUGUUGAAAAUUUGCACGCUUAGAGCAAAAGGCAAAACUAAGAGAAGAUCCAACCGUGAAGACUCGGAGACCGGCGUACUUGUUUUCUUU